UACCUUACGAUAUCUUGCAAUGAUGGAGAACCACAAUACCAGCAGCUAUCCGACUAAUAGUGGUGAUGAUGGAUCGCACAUCGGAGCCAUCUUGGGCAUGGUAACCUAUACUUUCCUGGGAGUUGCCAUCAUGUUUUCUAACUUCAUAGUCAUGAUAACCUACUGGACAGAACGUCGUGUCUGGCAGAACAUCUCUCAUCUUUUUAUCCUCCACCUUUCCAUCGCGGACUUCUUGGUGGGGUUAUCUAUCUUUCCUUUGACCAUUACUAUCAUGUCAGCAGGUCACUGGCCCUUCGGUGAGAUCGCCUGUAAGAUAUUAACCGCUUUCAACUACAUGGUGACGUUUAUACCAGGCCUUUUCAUCCUGGCUGUUACUGCUUUCCGUCUGUUCCUCGUCACAAAUAUCAGUCGGGAAAAUGUCGUCAGGCGUGAACAUGUGAUGUGGGUAAUCUUUGUUCUCUGGGUAGCAACCAUCGGCAUCUACCUCUUCCUGGCAUUUGCCUGGCCGGGCAUUGCUGGAAGUGAUUCCGUUAAUUACAAUUCCGAGUGUCUCUUGGAAUACACUUUCAAUAAGCCCAUAUCACUUUUCAUGAUAUUCUUUGAAUUCGUGAUUCCCUUUAUGCUUCUACUCUCCAUCAGCUUUUGCCUCUUCUGGAAGAUCCGACAGAGAUCCAGAGGUAUCAGGAAUACAUCGUGGCGAGUAUCCGAGACGACGUGCUCCCACAACAGCCCACGAAGAAACAAAUCGCUCGAUAAAAAACAAUUAGCAAAACAAGACCGCUGUAAAAGUAGUCAAAAGGUGACUUUAGAAGAUGGUCCUAAAGGCCUGCACCAAUUGAAACUUCAGGAAGCAGGAGAAUCUUCAUCUAGUUCUGGUACACACAAUGAGAAGGAAAACAACGAAGUACAAGAGAAGUGUUCUAGUGAUAAAGAAAAUGCUAAUGUAGAUGUUAAAGGAAAUGCUUAUUUGUGUGCAAACACGGACAACCAAUUUGAGGUUUCUGGAGUUUCCCCAUCUCAACAAACCUCUGCAGGUACCAUUCCUCGUGUUGGAACUCGGGCAGUUGCAGGAGAUUCCUUCCAAAAUAAAACAUUGGCGGACCAUGGGACUGAGACAAGUCAGCAAUCAGGCAGAGACUCCCUCAGAGGACAUCGAAAGGCUGCCGUCAUGCUGUUUGCCAUCGUGGCAGCAUUCGUAAUCUGUUGGUUACCAUACGUCAUUCUCUCCACCCUAAUCCUAGACCACAAUGACAUUGUUUCUUCGUCGGUUUUUGAAGCAAUUAGUGGGUUUCUGUACCUGAACUCUCUCAUAAAUCCCGCCCUCUAUGGCAUGACCAACGUUCAUUUUAGGCGAGGAUUCAUCAAGGUUCUUCAUCUGCCGCGGCGGUGGCUCCGGUAGAUGACUCUAAGAGAGACUUUACAGGCCUAUUGGUCCAUUUCCACAUUAUAGAGUAUAAAAAAGGGUGUCAUCGAAGAGAGAGAGGGAGAGAGAGAGAGAGAUAGAGAAACAAAGAAUUAAAGAAAAGGAAAGAAAGAAAGAAAGAAAGAAAGAGAAAAGAGUAUUCAAGAAAAAAAAAUCGUGAUGCUUAUUGGAUGUAAGUGCCAGGUAAUAUAGUGUGCUAUGUAUAUAAUAAUUCAGAUAGCUAUUUUUUAAGAGGAAUCACACUAUAUCAUGUAUACUAUAUUGCAAAGAAGGCUAUAGCUGCACAAUAUCUAGAGUCUAGACGCUCGAUUCGAUACAUCAAGGAUUUACACUGUACACACAUAUUCUGGUAUUGUUGACUCGCGUUCGUUUCAUAUUCAUUUUCCAUGUUAUAACUUUAUCCCCUCACGUACUUUCCCUCAUUUUCAUAUGUUAUAAAUAAAACAAACAUGCCCACUGUCCACACGUUGGUAUCAAUAGUGUAUUUCGUUUUUAAUGUAAAAUAAAA